UAGCCAGUCAAGCUGCAAUAUCCAAGGCUUGACAUUGCGAAGAUGGAGGCUGUUACGGUUUAGACCCGGAGACGUGAAAAGCGCAAACUGCAAGUUUCACAGCUCUGUUAUGACAACAUUUCCUGUCGGUCCAGGUGGAGGCAGGAGGUGUAAGUAGAGGGCAGUUGACAUCAGCAGCAUGUACUCUGAGUGGCGCUCGCUGCAGCUGGUGGUGCAGAGCGACCAGGGACACCUCAGUGUUCUGCACACGUACCCCACCACGGUGGGUACAGAGGUGGCCAAUGCAGUGGUCAAGCCUCUGGGCACAGCUGUGAGCCCUGUCGCCACAGAGAACAUCCUCAAAACAGACAAGGAGGUGAAAUGGACCAUGGAGGUGCUGUGUUACGGCCUCACCCUCCCCCUUGAGGGGGACACCGUCAAGCUGUGUGUGGAUGUGUACACGGACUGGAUGAUGGCUCUAGUGUCACCCAGGGACUCGAUGCCUCAGCCGGUGGUCAAAGAGCCCAAUAUGUACGUCCAAACCAUCCUAAAACAUCUCUACAACGUAUUUGUACCAAGGCCUGAGCAGCACAGUUUGAACCACAUCAGGCUUUGCCAGCAGGUUCUGACUGCAGUCCAGAAACUGGCACGGGAGUCUGUCUCCAUGGUGAGGGAAACCUGGGAGGUACUGCUUCUCUUCCUGCUUCGCAUCAAUGACACCUUACUUGCCCCACCCACAGUUGGAGUUGGUGUGGCAGAAAAACUGGCAGAGAAGCUGAUGGCCGUGCUGUUCGAGGUGUGGCUGCUGGCAUGUGCCCGCUGCUUUCCCACGCCGCCGUAUUGGAAGACGGCAAGGGAGAUGCUGGCCAACUGGAGACACCACCCUCCUGUCGUAGAGCAGUGGAGCCGAGUGGCCUGUGCUCUGACCUCCAGACUUUUGCGGUUCACCCAUGGACCAACUUUCCCACCUUUUAAAGUUCCUGAUGAGGAUGCCAACCUCAUUCCAUUAGAGAUGGACAACGACUGUGUUGCACAAACAUGGUAUCGGUUUCUCCACAUGCUCAGCAACCCGGUGGAUCUAAGUAACCCAACAAUUGUAAGCACCACUCCAAAGUUUCAAGAACAGUUUCUGAACUCCAGCGGCAUUCCUCAUGAAGUGGUGCUGCACCCCUGUUUGAAGCAGCUCCCCCAGAUCUUCUUCAGGGCAAUGAGGGGCGUCAGCUGCUUAGUGGAUGCCUUCUUGGGUGUCUCUGUUGAAAAGAGAGACGUACGGGAGAGGGUGUUCUCUUUUUGUCCAGUGCAGCUCUCUCAUGGUAUAUCACGUCCCAGGGCUGACAGUGCCCCGCCCACCCCAGUCAACAGAAUGAGCAUGUCUCCGCCUCCCUCCAUUACGAACACCACACCCCCGCACAGCCGCAAACAGCGUCAUACGGUGGUCACCAAAACCACAAGCAAGAGCUCAACUAGCAGUGGGAGUCAACCAACCAAAGCAUCCCAGCAACAGCAGCAACAGCAGCAGCAGCAGCAGUCGUCCUCGCCCACCCUGCUGUCAAGCCCCAACCAGACCAGCUGGGAGUCCCGACCCCUACCAGCCCCGGCGCGACCCAAGGUCAACAGCAUCCUAAACCUGUUCGGCCAGUGGCUUUUCGACGCCGCUCUGGUCCACUGUAAGCUCCACAGUGGGCUUAGCCGAGACCCCAGCAUGACGGCCUCUUUUAUCCAAAUUCUCCUUUCUUAUAAAUCUUCGAUAGCCACUCAAGUAGGUCUUGAGCUGAGGAGGAAGGGAUCCCAGUUGUCCACUGACUCCAUGGUGCCCAACCCCAUGUUCGACACUAACGAGUUCCCAGAGAGCUAUGAGGCUGGACGAGCUGAGGCCUGCGGGACUCUCUGCCGUAUCUUCUGUAGCAAGAAAACUGGAGAGGAGAUUUUACCUGUCUACCUGUCCAGGUUCUACAUGGUUCUCAUUCAAGGUCUCCAGAUCUCCGAUUUCAUCUGUAGACCAGUUCUGGCUUCUAUCAUUCUCAACUCUUCGUGUCUCUUCUGCACUGACCUGAAAGGCAUCAAUGUUGUGGUGCCCUACUUCAUAGCUGCCUUAGAGACUAUCGUACCAGACAGGGAACUGUCCAAAUUCAAGAUGUAUGUAAAUCCUACUGACCUGAGAAGAGCAUCCAUUAAUAUCCUGCUCGCCAUGUUGCCAUUACCACAUCACUUUGGGAACAUUAAAUCAGAGGUUCUUCUGGAGGGGAAGUUCAAUGAGGAGGAUGGGUGGCCUCAUGACCAGCCUGUGUCUUUUUUGUCCUUGAGGCUACGUCUUGUCAAUGUCCUCAUAGGAGCCCUGCAGACCGAGACAGACCCCACCAACACGCAGCUCAUCCUAGGCGCAAUGCUGAACAUUGUCCAAGACUCUGCACUGUUGGAGUCCAUUGGUGCACAGACUGAAACAGGGAGUAUAGAUGGGAGCCACAUGACAGUAAGAAGCCAGAGUCACAGUCGCACCAACAGCGGUAUUAGUUUUACCAGCGGAGGCAGCACUGAGGCCACCAGCCCAGACUCGGAGCGUCCUGCGCAGGCAUUGCUUCGGGAUUAUGCUCUUCCAGAUACGGCUGCAGGCCUGCUGGUGCGCAGCAUCCACCUGGUCACCCAGAGGCUUAACUCCCAGUGGAGGCAAGACAUGAGCAUUUCAUUGGCUGCUCUGGAACUGCUGGCUGGACUCGCCAAGGUGAAGGUCGGUGUAGACUCUGCAGACCGUAAACGUGCCGUCAGCUCUAUAUGUGGGUAUAUUGUGUACCAGUGUAGCCGUCCAGCUCCUCUUCAAUCUCGAGACCUCCACUCCAUGAUUGUAGCUGCCUUUCAGUUUCUCUGCGUGUGGCUCACAGAACACCCUAACAUGCUGGAUGAAAAGGAUUGUUUAGUAGAGGUGUUGGAGAUUGUGGAACUGGGAAUCUCUGGGAGCAAGUCCCGACAGGAGCAGGAAGUUCGACAUAAAGGGGAGAAGGAGCACAACCCAGCUUCGAUGAGGGUGAAGGAUGCUGCUGAAGCUACUCUGUCCUGUAUCAUGCAGGUGUUGGGAGCCUUCCCCUCUCCUAGUGGGCCUGCCUCCACCUGCAGCCUGCUCAAUGAAGACACCCUCAUUCGCUAUGCCAGACUAAGUGCCACAGGAGCCAGCAACUUCCGCUACUUUGUCUUGGACAAUUCGGUCAUCCUUGCCAUGCUGGAACAACCCCUUGGAAAUGAGCAGAAUCCCAGUCCAUCAGUGACAGUUUUGAUCCGAGGCACAGCUGGUAGACACGCCUGGACCAUGCAGCUUUUCCACCAACCCAGAGGAGCACGGGCCAAUCAGAGGCAGGUGUUUGUCCCUGAGGGCCGUCCAACACCUAACAGUGAUGUGGGAAUCAGAUACAACGUCAAGCAGAGGCCAUUUCCCGAAGAGGUGGAUAAAAUUCCCCUUGUCAAAGCUGAUGUCAGUAUUCCUGACCUGGAUGAUAUUGUCAGUAAAGAGGUGUGUUGUAUGGGCUGGCAGGAUGAUACAACCUCAACAAAUACACUGAUGAGUAAUUACCACCACCUGGAAGUUCAGCAUGACAAGCUUCGUGUUCUGAUGAGUAAGCAGAUAGAGUAUGAAAAUGCCUUGGAGAGGCACAGCGAGGACGUGUGGAAGUCCAAGUCUUUCCCUGACCCACAGACGGACUGCAAACCCCCUCCACCCUCACAGGAAUUCCAGACCGCUCGCCUAUUUCUCUCUCAUUUUGGCUUUCUUUCUCUGGAGGCGCUCAAGGAGCCAAACAACAGUCGUCUACCUCCUCAUCUGAUUGGCCUGGAGUCGUCUUUACCUGGUUUCUUCGAUGACAUCAGCUACCUGGAUCUGCUUCCCUGCCGACCAUUUGACACUGUCUUUAUUUUCUAUGUGAGGGCUGGACAGAAAAGCAGCCAUGAGAUCCUGAAGAAUGUGGAGUCGUCAAGUAGUGUCCAGCCCCACUUCUUGGAGUUCCUGCUGUCCUUAGGCUGGCCUGUGGAUGUAGGACGCCACCCAGGGUGGACAGGACACCUGGAUACCAGUUGGUCUCUCAACUCCUGCUCUGACACCAACGAUAUACAACAGACAGAAGAAGCAAUGACUCCUGAGGACACAGGAGGCUCAGUGUUCAAUGGAGAGAAGAAGGUUUUGUACUAUGCUGAUGCUUUGACGGAAAUUGCCUUUGUCGUCCCGUCUUUAACAGAGAAUUCUGAGGAGUCAUCAGUACACAGCGACUCCACCGUGGAGGCAGACGCCAACUCGGACCUCAUGCCUGGUUUACUCAAACAACCCAAUCUCACACUGGAGCUAUUCCCCAACCAUUCAGAAAAUCUAGAGUCUGUCAAAAAGCUGAGUCCUUUGGUGAAGAACAAGAGGUCGUCAACAGGAAAGUCUUUCCCACCUCUGGGUCCUGAGACAAAGGUGUUUGUGGUCUGGGUGGAACGCUUUGAUGAUAUUGAGAACUUCCCAUUGUCCGAUCUCUUGGCGGAAACCAGCACGGGUUUGGAAGCAAGCAUGAGCAACAGCACGUCCUGCAGGUCAGGGUUACUAGAGAAGGACGUUCCUCUGAUCUUCAUCCACCCUCUGAAGACGGGACUCUUCAGGAUCCGGCUGCACGGAGCUGUGGGUAAAUUUGGCAUGGUGAUCCCCCUGGUGGACGGCAUGGUGGUCAGCCGCAGAGCUCUAGGGUUUCUCGUGCGUCAGACGGUCAUCAAUGUGUGCCGACGGAAGCGUCUGGAAAGUGACUCGUACAACCCUCCUCAUGUGCGGCGGAAGCAGAAAAUAACUGAGAUUGUCCAGCGUUACCGCAACAAGCAACUGGAGCCCGAGUUUUACACCUCGCUCUUCCACGAGGUGGGGGAGGGAAAGCCUCACCUCUAACCCCCCCUCCUCUCCCCGUCCUGUCCUAACACUGGCUCACAAGCGCACACAACACGCACACUCUUAUGCUAUACUCAUACACCAUUUACCACACAUGCAUACACACACACACACACACACAGAAUCUUUAUAUUUAUACUGUACUAUUUUGUUAUUUAUAUGAAUACAUAUAUCAACACUGUCUGCCUUUGACUACGAGAGCAAAGUGUCAAAAACCAUGCCAAGGUGGAAAAAGCUCCAUUUCUAUGGUGCAGCCGCUUGUUGAAGAUUUGAACGACUCUAGUUCAACAGUGACUGUCUCUCCUCAUUUAGAUUCACGCUUUGUGGCUAAAAGAGUUUCUGCUUUGUCUUUAACUGCAAUACAAUAGUUCCAUUGUUGGCCUUUCUGAAACUGUAAAAAAAGAAGUUUGUCCUUUAAACCCUGUGAUAUGAGUUAAUGUCACAAUGAUUUGAUAAUACAAAGUGUGUCUAAAAAUCCAGAUCUGCAUAUCUGAUUUUGUUUUAAUCAAAACAAGGCUUGCGGUCGGGUACUUGCCAAGGAGAUAAAUAUUGUAAAAAAAAAAAAAAAAAAAAUUGCUUCAAAGCAGGUGGUUUAAAGAGAGAAAAGACUAUCAAAAGAGCGUAAUCUGAUUUUAUGACAAAUUGUCAUUUCCAUUCCUGCUAAAGUCUUCCUUCUUAUUUGGCCGUGGCAGCAGCUGACUGAGCAUGCAGAUACUGCUGUUUUAGAGUUUGGGAUUUUCCACAUACAUAGUGUUGUUUUACUGUAUUUUGAUGGGUUUAGGUUUUUUUUUUUGACACAGACUUUGUCUCUGUGCCAGUCUGAAUGUCAUCUCAUCUCAUGUCUUCAGACACUGCACUGUUCGUGCGUGUGUGUGUAUGUGUGUGUGCGGGUGUGUGGUGAGCCUCAUGUAUGCUUGUUCAGCCAGUCAUUGACACUACAAAGAGUCCCACUGACUCAAGAACCCCUUAUCGAUGGCAUUUACAACUGAACUCUGUCACUUUAAGCAAACGAUAAAUCUAUUUCAGUGUCAUAACCCUCAUUAUUUUACUCCUUACACGAGAAACUUGAGUUUACUGAUAAUGAAAGCAGUUACAGACCUUCUGGAGUUUGCAGGGCUAAUAGAAAAUGAACACAGUGAUUGAAGUUUUGAAGUCGAUACCAAACAGAACCAUAACACAGUUGAAGUGUCUUGCUCUUCCAAACAAAUAUAUGGUUAUUGAUUACAAGGCCAAAAUACUCAGUGUAGCUAACAGCGUUAUAUAUGACUUGCUUUUUGGCUCAUCAAAGCUGUAGUUUUUUUUUGUUAGUAUUUUUUUUACUCGAAACCCAGAAGGAGACUAUUGAACUGCUAGUCGAAUCCAGCUUAAUGAGAGGUUUUGCCUUCACACAUGUUUUAGUAACUUUUUUUUUUGCUUCACUUUUGUUUACUAACUGUACUUUGGUUUUGAUUCAAGCCCUCUCUCACUGUCUUGCCUGUAACAAUGUGAAUUUAUUUAUCACAGCAAUGGAACAGGGCAACCACCUCUCGUUUUCUUUGUUAUAUAUUGGAAAGUCUUAAUGCACUGAGCACAUUUUUGUUUAUUUUCUAUUCCCUUUGGUUACUUUUACAUGUCUUUUUGUACUUACAACCCUGCUGAAGGAAGAGUUUUAUCUUGUGAACUAUGAAUGAAGAAGAGGCAUUGUUGAGUUUUUAACCUAUCAUGUCUAACUGUGUGACUCACUUUCUAUGACUGUGCUUUAUGCACAUGCCUUUUUUUGGAAGGAAAAAGUACAUUAAAUAUGCUUCAAAGAAACUACACACAAUCAGUCAUACAUUGUAUCUUAUGUUACUCCUCUGAUGUUUGAUCAUAUUUAAGGAUUGCCAUGUACAGAAGUGGAGGGUAAUAUGUAAAUAUAUGAUAGUGUAAGGCAUUUACAAGUUGUUUGUUGCAUUCCUCAUCUGAGAUGGCAAGAAGUUAUGUAUGUAUGCAAUUCUGUGUGGAAGGAUCACCAUGGGUAUUGAAUGUAACAUGCAUCAAUUAAAACUAUUAUUGACAUUUUAA